CUAAGCUGAAGGAAAAUGAAUGAAUAAUGCAUUCAGCACUGCUGGAAGAGGUCAGGUUUAAACGCACUACAUUUCAAAUCUCAUGUAAAUGCGGGUAUUCUUGGUAGAGUUAAUGGUAAUUAUAUAUUUUUUGUUUUGUGAUAUGUAAAUUUGUCGAUGUACAAAAGUGCUCAAGCAGCUGCUGUUGCUAUGGUUACCUCUUUAAGCAAAUACAGAAAGCGAGUAUUUAACGACUAACUUUUGCGAAUAAUAAAAGAUCUGAAAACUCAAUUAACAUUCCCUAAAAUUGCAUUAAAAUUUUUGCAAAUUCACUUGGGUAAGAGAGAGAAGAGUGGCAAAGACUUAACUGACCCCUCAAACCCUCGUAAUGUGCAUAUAGUGCUGUGAUUUUGCAGAGAUUACUGUACGUUAUAUGUGCAGCACCGUUUAGAGAAGCAUAAUAACAGCGCAGCAAAAAAAACAAGAGAUGCACCCAACACAGGAACACGUGUUCAUCCCUCCCCCAGCUUCAUCUCCACCACCCUCUUAGAGAAGUUUCUCUUAUUUGUCGGGGCUGGAGAUGGAGUUGGAGAGCUGGAGGCGCGCAGUGCGCAGGAACCGAGAACAGUGAGAAGACGAAGAGAAUCAGAUAACAGCCUAUGCCAGCUGUGAGGAACAGCAGAGGCGGCGAGUUAAAACUUGGACCGGAUCCUUAGGGCGUCUACCAACUACCGUCUUAUUAAAUUGGUGCGAUACACCUGGGGAAACAGGAGGAGUGGAUGAAGGUGGAGGAGGAGGAGGGUGCCAACGCACAAGUGCUAGACUGCGCCAAGCCAAUCUGAGAUUACAAAUUACUCGCAUCCAUAUUUCUCCACAUAGGGCUGAGAGAGUCUGUUUUAGUUAUGCGGAUCUGGAGAAGACGAGGAGAUCUGCGUCGCUCCAUCCCAAGACAAACGCGCUGUUAUUGACAAACUCCUGCAGGGUAAGCCUUAUAAAUAACUUUUUGUCUGCCCAGAAAUGCGGGAGACUGGUGCGGCUGAAGUGUGAGGAAAACCGAAAACAUUUCUGUCAGGAACUAAGCGUACAUUCGGGACAACUUUAAGCGAGAAGGAUGUCCGCGUUGAGGAAAAAAUUUGGGGAUGAUUAUCAGGUGGUGACCACCUCGUCCAGCGGCGGCGGGUUCAACCAAGCGGCCCCCGAGAAGAAAAGGAAACGUCAGCGCUUUGUGGACAAGAACGGCCGCUGUAACGUCCAGCACGGGAACCUGGGAGGAGAGACGAGCCGGUACCUGUCCGACCUGUUCACCACGCUCGUGGACCUCAAAUGGCGCUGGAACCUUUUCAUCUUCAUCCUCACAUACACGGUGGCGUGGCUCUUCAUGGCUUCUAUGUGGUGGGUCAUUGCUUUUAUACGCGGAGACAUGAACCAGGCCCACGACGACAAGUACACGCCGUGCGUGGCCAAUGUGUACAACUUUCCCUCCGCUUUUCUGUUCUUCAUCGAGACCGAGGCCACUAUCGGAUACGGUUACCGCUACAUUACAGACAAGUGUCCGGAAGGCAUCAUUCUCUUCCUCUUCCAGUCCAUCCUAGGCUCUAUAGUGGACGCUUUUCUAAUCGGCUGCAUGUUCAUCAAGAUGUCCCAGCCGAAGAAACGCGCGGAGACGCUCAUGUUCAGCGAGCACGCGGCGAUUUCCAUGCGUGACGGCAAACUGACCCUGAUGUUCCGCGUGGGGAACCUGCGCAACAGCCAUAUGGUCUCCGCGCAAAUACGCUGCAAACUGCUCAAAUCCCGUCAGACUCCCGAGGGCGAGUUUUUGCCUCUGGAUCAACUUGAGCUGGAUGUUGGGUUCAGUACCGGAGCUGACCAGCUUUUCCUAGUGUCUCCUCUGACAAUCUGCCAUGUGAUCGACUCCAAGAGCCCAUUCUACGACCUCUCGCUCAGGUCCAUGCAAACAGAGCAAUUUGAGAUUGUGGUUAUCUUAGAAGGGAUCGUGGAGACCACCGGUAUGACAUGCCAGGCUCGUACUUCCUACACAGAGGACGAGGUUCUGUGGGGUCACCGAUUCUAUCCUGUCAUUUCUCUGGAGGAGGGAUUCUUCAAGGUUGACUAUUCGCAGUUUCAUGGCACUUUUGAGGUUCCCACACCACCGCACAGUGUUAAAGAACAGGAGGAGAGUCUGCUGCUGUCGUCCCCCCUGACAGCCCCCUCUCUGUGCCACAGCGCAGGUGGGGUUACAGAGGGCAGUGGCACACUGGAAGGUCUGGAGCUUCAAAGCGAUGCAGAAACUGGCUCCAUCAAUAUUGCAACCCCAAUGCCAACCAACAAACUGCCUGCCAAACUUCAGAAGCUCACAGGACGGGAGGUCCCCAUUCGGGAUGGAAUGCCCCGUAAGCUUCUGCGCAUGAGCUCGGAAAUCACCUACAACCUGGGCGACCUGCCCGUCAAACUCCAGCGAAUCAGCUCAGCUCCGGGCGUGGCAGAAGAGAGGCUUCAGCCAAUCAGUUCCAUGCUGAGCCCCACAGAGGACAGACUGGCUCCCAAGCUGGGCUUAAUAGGUGGAGCUGAAACUAUCAGCCAAUCAGUGACAGAUCUGCCGCCAAAACUGCAGAGGUUGGCUGGCGGGGUCGGGGUGGGAGGAGUCGGAAUCGGAGGACGAAUGGAUGGUCAUCUGCCUCCCAAACUAAGAAAAAUGAACUCUGAGAGGUUCACAGGCUUGAGUUUAAAAUGACUUCUGCCCUCCUCUGAAACUGCAAUUGAGUAAACGGGACAAUCUAUACUUAUAGCAAUUUAUAUAUGGAUUCAAAUAUUAGAUUAUUGCUAAUCCUCUGCACAAUCUGGCAUGUUUUUACCACAAACAGCAUGAAAGCAGAAUUCAUUUUCAACACACUACUUAUGGAUAAUAGCUACCAUACUAAUACUAUACACUAUAUAACAACAGUUCCAUAUAUCUUCAUUAGCCUAUUAGCCAAACUUGUUUUGAGGGCUUGCCUAUAUAACGUAUAUCUUAAAAUAGAAUAUCAAUACAAUUAUCUGAAUGCAAUGUCACUGAUAAUCCAAGGUAACUAAUCUGAAAAAGCCAACGGCUAUAACCUGAGUUAGCCAUUUGUCUUUGUUUAAGCUGUGGGUUGGUUAUUUGCGGAUCAAAUUAAACAGCGAGAGAUUAGUUACUGUGGUUUUCAGAGCUAAAGAAUCCAACCCAGACUCAUUCUGAAAACAUUGUCCCGGGGACGUUUCUGGAGACCAUGGAAUACAUCACGGGAGUUACGUAUUUUUGCCGUUUUUGUUUUCGCAAAUGCCACUGUGUGCGCUUUUUCGUAUCUCAAAUGUCUCUGGCAAGUGCCGAUCACACCCGAGCUGUUCCCGCGUAAACCCACCAGAGGCCGCUGUCGACCAACUGAAUUACUUAAAUGAUUGACUGGGCGACCAACCAAUUUUACCGAUUGACCG